UCAGUACUUGCACUUCACGUUCACGCUGCUAUGGGAUGAUUUGUAGCCGACUGACAACAUUGCGGACGUACCGCAAUGCAAAUUCUUUAUCCUUGUGACAAGUAGACAACGCUUUCGAUAAAGUAAACAAUAAAGGUGAUUUAAAUAAUGUCUCAUCAAAAAGAUGAAAAUUUGGAUUUUGAUUACUUGAAUCCAGCACCAGAUUCUGGAAGUUAUGUUUAUUACUCAACAGAAUCUGCAUUCAGUCACCCCUAUGCAGCUGAAACAACUCAAAGUUCUUAUUCUCACUACAGUAACUACCAAAGUCCAUUUCGAAAAGUGGAUCAUCAAUAUUCACCAGUUCCACGGAAUAUGUUCACAAGUGAAUCCUUUGAAUCUGGUAAUAAAGGAUAUUCAAGAACUUUCAGUGGCAAUGAUUUACUUACUGAUAAUACAGGGUCUGGUAGAUGCCUAAGGAGACUCAAUUCUGAUAUACCAUCUUACUGUGAUUUUGGAACAUACAACCCAUUCCAAGGCAGCCCUCUAGAAAUUGCUAACUUGAGCCUUGUGGAAAAUCGGUCAAUAACAGAUGAGCAAACUCAGCAGACUAGAGAGCCACCAUAUGAAACUGAGUUAGUGCAUGAAGAGCCUACUGAGAUGAUUCAGAGUAAGCGCACUUACAAAGAUGCUCUUACUUUCCCUACAAGAAGUGAAAGUCCUAACAAUGCUAAUGAAGGAGUUUCAAAAAAAAUAAAGGUGGAGAAUGAAAUCCGUAAAGAAACAUAUAAAGAAAAACUGCUAAGCCCUAAACAAGAGACACCUGCAAUUUUCAGUAAAGCCACACAACCUCUCAUAAAACCGGGCUUAAAUAAUCACAGAAGCCAAAUCAACACAAACCCCAAAAGGCCUUUGAAAAUAAACAACAAUUUAGCCACUAAAAAUACUGCUAAGGGUAAUACAAAAAGCCCAAGGGAAAAAAACUGGCACUGUUUGAAUGAAUCUGUACGAAGUGUCCGAUCUCAAACAGAUUUGGGGGGCAUUAACAAGAAAAAUCGACUGCCGUUCAUCGAUAAUCAUUCUUUUGAACAACCACUUACUGACGAUGAAGCUAUUAGCCCGGUAGAAGUUCGUGCAAAAGACCUUAAAAAAAGUGAAAGAAUGAAAAUAAAAGUUCGGGAAAAGGACAAUGAAAAAUCUAAUCGACGUCAAAGUAAGAAACAUCAAACUCCGAGCACCAGCGCAACGCUUGCACGUGCAUAUUUUCCCAAGCUUGCUCGCGUUUGUGGAUGGUUCUGCAUUUGGUUAUAUAGUCUCUGCGCUGACGUGAUUCGAAUGAGUUACAACUUGGCUUGGCUGGGACUUCAGCAAUGCCACGCAGUCCUAUGGGAGAAAAGUGUUGUGGUAACUAAAUGGAUAACAGUACAAAUACGGAUUUCGCGUCAAUAUGUGACUGCCAAUUGGCUGCCGUCGAUACGAGAAUUUUUCCGAUUUUUCCAACGAAAAUCUUUAUCUGACCAUGAAAGUAGUGCAUUAGGCGGUUUAAAUGCUAAUAUUCCUUUGCCUUCCACUGGAGAAGAAGCCAUGCAUCGCCUUUUAGCCUGCAAAGGAAGAGAUCCGUAUAGCAUCCUGGGUGUUCGGCGGGAUUGUUCUGACGAAGAAAUUCGACGUUACUAUAAGCGACAAGCAGUUUUGGUUCAUCCGGACAAAAAUCGGCAACGAGGAGCUGAAGAAGCCUUCAAAAUAUUAGCACACGCUUUUGAAUUGGUUGGACAGCCAGAGCGCCGCAGCCACUAUGAUCAAUUAGUACAAGAGGCGGACGAAAUGGAAUCUGCUUGGGCUGAGCUAAACGAGUUACUGUCCCGGUUGCACGCCAAGAUGGAUGAGGCCGCAAAUACUAUUCGAUGCACUAAUUGUGCCAAGCGUCAUAGAAGAGUGAAAACUAAUCGUCCUUGUUACGCGGCUCGCUAUUGCCAGGAAUGCAAAAUUCAUCACUCUGCUCGGGAAGGAGAUUUGUGGGCUGAAUCACGGUAUAUGGGUUUCCGUUCCAAAUACUACGCUUGCAUGGAAGGCGCCGUGUACGACAUCACAGAAUGGGCUUACUGUCAGGCCGGGCAUUUGCGCCAUUUGCAGUCUAAUUCUCAUCGUGUUCAGUACCGUAUCGUUCCGGGCCAGGGGCAACCGAGCAACGGGGGCGGUCGGAAAUCAAGUUGAUUCAUCUAGUUGCCUAUCUUCUUUUCGUCUUGAAAAUAAACAUUUUUGAUGUUCUUUUGUUCAUGUGUUAACGCUGAAGUGUCCUCUCGGGUGAUUUGUAACUAAUACCUUUGGUGCCUUUUUUUCAAUCGAUUUUGCUUUGUCUGGUAUUUGGAAAUUAUCUUGGUCCUAGAAUCUCGUCGAGAGGUUGCGGAAUAAUUUGUCUCUUCCUUCCCAGUUUAAUACACAUUUUAACUUGA